AUGGCAGACCCAUCAGACCCAUCCCAUCCCAAUACUCCAGUCGAUCAGGAUCCGUCAACAUCGCGGAGUCCCUAUCAGGAUCAAACCACUCAAGCGCAGGAUUCACGCCUUUCUCUCGCCAGCCAGAACUCCCAGUCAAGUCAGAGCCAGAAGAAGAAAGGGAUUUUGCAGAAAGCUUCUACCUCUCAGCUCUCCAGGCAUACAAAGAAGUCCUCAAUGGAGGCCGCAAUGGUGGAGACUCAGAUGGAGGAUCUUACCAUCCUAGGUCCCCAUCCCCAGCAUCCUCCUCAACAGUAUGAGCCUGGUCCACUGGAUGGAGAGUGGUAUUGA